AUGGAGAAUCUAGACAGAGCUGACUUCUGCUUCCCACAACUCAACAACUCCUGCAAGAAGCCGUCUCAGCCUUACACAGAGGCCAUGCUGAUUUAUACCCUGCUUUCCAUCAUCUCUCUGGUCACUGUGGCUCUUAACCUGUUGGUCAUCAUCUCCAUCUCACACUUCAGGCAGCUCCACACACCCACCAACCUCCUCCUCCUCUCACUGGCAGUGUCUGACCUCUUUGUGGGCUUCCUGCUGAUGCCAGUGGAAAUUAUCUACAUCGAGGCAUGCUGGCUUCUCGGGGACAUUGUGUGCACUCUAUAUUAUAUCAUAGACUACAUCAUUACAUCUGCGUCAGUCGCCAGCAUGGUGCUUAUAUCACUGGACCGCUACAUCGCCAUUUGCGACCCUCUGCGUUAUCCUGACAAGGUCACUAAAAAAAAGGUGCAGUUAUGUGUGUGUUUGUGUUGGCUUUGUUCCAUUUUCUACAGGAUUUUCCUUUUAAUAGAUGACCUCAAACACCCUGGAAAGUCCAUAGCAUGCCUCGGAGAGUGUGUUGUGGUCAUCAGUUACGUUGCAGGACUUGUUGACUUCAUCUUCACCUUUGCCAUACCCAUAACCAUCAUCAUAGUUCUGUAUAUGAGAGUGUUUGUGGUGGCUUUGUCUCAUGCCCGAGCCAUUCGCUCUCACAUUGCAACGAUAUCGACACAGCGCUCGGGGACUGUGAAGAAAACAGAGUUGAAAGCAGCCAUGACUCUCGGCAUUGUUGUCAUCGUGUUUCUGAUUUGCUUCUGUCCGUACUACUACCCGAUUAUGGUGGGAGAGGACACUUCAGUUGAUGCCUCGUCAGCAGCAGUUGAAAUCUGGCUGGCCCAUUUUAACUCGUGUUUGAACCCUGUCAUCUACGCCUUCUUCUACCCCUGGUUCAGAAAUUGUAUCAAACGCAUUGUGACACUUCAAAUACUGAAACCUGGCUCCCGUGACAUAAACAUAAUGUAGAGCUACACACUGUCUUUAAACUAACAUGGUCUUUAAGGUUAUGC